AUGAGCAACUUCAAGGGCCACUUAGGGCAGGAUGUGGAGAAGCAGGGGAUCAGGUUGCCAAAGAAAUGGAUGGACCACAACGACAAGAUCCCCACCGACCGUACGCUGGUGGUGGGGGGUGCCGGGAGAGGAGGUGGAGGAGGAGGAAAAGGUGGGUGUGGGGGGAAGUCGGCUGACGGCGGCGUCCUGAAGAAGCGUCGGCAGCGCUACGUGGAGAAGGAUGGCAAGUGCAACGUGCAUCAUGGCAACGUGCGAGAGAGAUACCGCUACCUGACGGACAUCUUCACCACACUGGUGGACCUGAAGUGGCGCUUCAACCUGCUGGUCUUCACGCUGGUCUACACCACCACCUGGGUCUUCUUUGGCCUCAUCUGGUGGCUCAUCGCUUACAUCCGCGGCGACCUGGACCACACCGAGGACAGCGACUGGACACCCUGCGUCAACAACCUCAACGGCUUCGUCUCGGCGUUCCUCUUCUCCAUCGAGACGGAGACCACCAUCGGUUAUGGCUACCGGGUGAUUACCGACAAGUGUCCAGAAGGCAUCAUCUUGCUCCUGGUGCAGGCCAUCUUGGGCUCCAUCGUCAACGCCUUCAUGGUGGGCUGCAUGUUCGUCAAGAUCUCGCAGCCCAAGAAGCGCGCAGAGACACUCAUGUUCUCGCACACAGCCGUGGUCUCCAUGCGGGACCACCGGCUGUGCCUGAUGUUCCGCGUCGGGGACCUGCGCAACUCGCACAUCGUGGAGGCGUCCAUCCGCGCCAAGCUGAUCCGCUCCAAGCAGACCAAGGAGGGCGAGUUCAUCCCGCUCAACCAGACGGACAUCAAUGUGGGGUUUGAUACGGGCGACGACCGCCUCUUCCUCGUGUCGCCACUCAUCAUCUGCCACGAGAUCAAUGCCACCAGCCCCUUCUGGGAGAUCUCGCAGCAGCAGCUGGCCAAUGAUCAGUUUGAGAUCGUGGUCAUCUUGGAGGGGAUGGUGGAAGCCACCGGCAUGACGUGCCAGGCCCGAAGCUCUUACCUAGACUCUGAGGUGAUGUGGGGCGAGCGUUUCACGCCAGUGCUCUCCCUGGAGGAAGGCUUUUACGAGGUGGACUACGACACCUUCCACCACACCUACCCCACCCCGACCCCCAGCUGCUCCGCCCGUGAGCUGGCCGAGCUGGCCAAGAAAGGGGAGAGCAUCCCCCUGCCCCCGCUCUCACCGCCCUGUGGCACCAGGGCAGAGAUCCUGGGCCCCGAGGAUGGUAGUGGUGGUCGUGGUGGUGAGGAGGAGGCGCUGGACACAGCGGUGGAGGAGGACAGAGAAGGGCAAGAGUUAGCAUCACGCGAGGAGGAUGAGGCGGACGAGGCAGAGACCGUCAGCAAUGGUGACGUGAACAAAAUGGACAAGGGACAGGAGUGACUUAUCUGCUCUGUGCGUGAAUCAUCUGCCUUGUCAUUGCCUAUAGUCUCCUUGCCAGAUGUGACAGGGAGUGUAGGCAUGGACAGGUUUUAUAACAUUUGGAUGUAGGCCAUACAUGAACUUCAUUCACAAGCGGCUCAUUAUGAUGGCGACUCAGUGAAAUUAAACUUAACGCUCCUCCUUUAGAUCAGGGGUUAAUGAAUAAAUAAUUGCAUAGAAAUUGUUUCCCUUGUUCGAUUUGGAUUUUUUAAAGCAGCUCAUUAAUCAUUUGUGAAGCCGUUUUUUGUAACGAAUCCUGACACUAUCAGCUUUGCCAUUUGUGUAGCCUCAAAGAAGGUUCAAAUAGUUUCGGUCUCUUAUACUGUAAAGGUGGCUGUGCAGGUUAACCACCACUA